AUGCCUCCAAAGCUUCGCGGAAAGAAAUCAGCUGUCUCCCAGAACCAGAAACAGAAGCGUGGAACGCAGAGCGUUGCCGCGCCUGCUCCCAGUGAGGAGCCCAUAGAGGAUUGCAUUUGGGUCCGGUCCGGCUCUUCUUCACCUAUCCCCGAGAUGAUGCCUCCAUCACGAACCGCUCGAGGCCGAAGCGCCCAAACCCCCAUCGUCAUUGGUGAUGUCGAUGAGGACAACCAGAUCAUGAAUCCUCCCUCUCCCAAGCGCAAGCAGUUUGUGAAUAUCAAAGACGACUCUCCCCGCCGGAAGCGCGUCAGGUACGGCCUGGCGACCCCCGAAGCUCACAUGUUUAGGCGUACUCCGGCCCCACUUCAGCCUGUGAACCAGCUCGGUGGAUUUCCCAUCCCCGCCGACAGCACCAAGAAGAACACGACCUUCGAGGCAGAGAAGCUCAGAGCUGAGAACCGCGCCCUUCGACAGCAACUUGACCAGGCUCCCGCGCAGCUCGAGCUCCUGAAGCAAGCCAAGCAAAGCGAUGACAGCGCCAAGGACCGCCUCCUCGCCAAGGUUCGCGAGCUUGAGCAGAAGAAUGCACAGGCCGAAGCAGCCAAGUUAGGCCUCCAGCAAGAUCUGUCCCAAGCCAAAGAGUCUAUGGACCAGCUUCGCAACACCAACCAUGAACUCGCCGCCGCGCGUGAUGCCUCAAAGGCAGCCGAGGCAGAGGCCAGAGCCGCUCAGGAGCAGUCCAAGGCUGCAGAGGAGCAAGCCUCGACGCAAUACCGCAAGAUCGCCAGCGCUCUGUACGAAAGCAGCAUGAGCCUGCAAUGCCGCCAGCUUGACAUUGAGAAGCUCAAGCAGGAGAAAGCCGAAGCUAUCGUCGGUCAGGACCAAGAGCUUAAGGAAGCCUGGGACGAGACCGACAGAAUCCGCAACCUGAACCGCAAGUUGGUCAGGGAGUCGGAUAAGAAGCUAGAGUCGAUCAACUUGCUGAAGCAGGAGAUCACUGGCAAAGACGAGACCAUCCACUGCCUACGGACCAAGAUCCGAGACCAAACCAAAUCGAUCGCAGAGAUGAAAGUCCUCCUUCAGCAGAGAGAUGCAGACACCGCCCACAACGUUGACAUGCUCCGCGCCUCGGAGGAUGAGGUCACCAGGCAGCAGGAGGAGAUUGACCGACUUGGAAGGGCGAAUGAUAUUGCCCAAUCCGCCCUUAUCCAUCUGCAGGAAACCCUGGAGGAUUAUGAUAGGGAGGCAGCUCGCCGCGACCACGAGCACGACCAGAUAGUCCAGGAACUGGAGCGAGAGAAGUCGGGCAACUUCAGACUUUCACUGGAUGAGGCCCUGGAUGCUUAUUGGCGCAGGUACGACCAGGCUGUCCUGGACCAGGAGCAACAUGAUGCGGAGGGCCAGCAACUUGGGGCGGCCGUCCCGGCUGCCGGCUUGGCCUCGGGUGUGAAGCUGGAGGAGGAUCAUGACGAGGGAAUCCAAUCCCUCAACGAGGGCCACGACUGGGCCCUUGUGAAUGCGGACCUCGACCGAGUCAAGUGCAGCUAUGAUGAGCUGAUGCAAUUCGCGGUUGAGCGGUCCCAUAGCAUGGUCGAGUUGGGCCGCGACCUGGUCAAGAUUGGGAACAACUUCUACAAAUUCUUCCCUGAUGCCAAGGAGGAGGAAGAUGACUAA